UCAUCUAUUUUUGGAUUUUUUUGGGUCAUUAUACAAAAAGGUAGGAUUAUUUACCUAAAUAAUAUUUGUGGAUGAUAGUAAAAUCAAAUCUAUUAAAAAUUAAACAGAGAGAGAAAAACAGCACAGACUUUUAUUUUUUUCUUCUCCAUUGAUCUGUUUUGGGCUCUGUCUCUUCGUUUUCCCCUGUUUUAUCUCUUUGCUUUCUUCUUGUCAAUCAAAACUUUGUGCUUCUUGUUUGAUGCUCUUGUUCUUCUUCUUCUUCUCCUCUAGAUGAGGUCGAGAAAUAAGAAAUUAUAGACAAAGAUCCGAUUAAAUAGGAUUUGUGUUCUUGAUUUUGGUGUUGCAAGAAAAUGGUUUCAUGAUGACAUCUGAUGUAGAAACGUCUCAGGCUUUUAAUUACGCAUUGAGCCCUCACGAGAGAUGCAUCCGUGGAGACAACAACAACAACAACAACAAUAAGAAGACCAAGAACAACAACAACACCAACAACAAUGUCCGAAACAUACACGUGGCCUUAGAGAAGAAUCUCAAUGUUUUUGUCAGAGAUCAUCUCGAAAACGUUACCGCUUCCUCCGGUGAGAAUGUUGAUGAAUCCACCACCAAAGCUGUUCCUGAAUGUUCUUCCAGCAAAUCCUCUGUUUCGAAAACAGAGGAACCUCGGUCAUCAUCAUUGUCUUCUAUAGGAUCCGACCCGGAUCCGAAAUUAUCUCAUCCGGGUCAACUAGAUAAGAACACGUCAAGGAAAGAAACCAUGCCGGCUUCUUCUCUGGUUCAGAUAUGGGAGGCGAGGACAACGAGCUCGAACCAAAACCAAUCACAAACCGAUAGCAGAACUAGUUCUUCGGGAUCAAACGCGCUAGAGAACUCUGAGUCUCUCAGUGAGGAACCACCGAUCAAAGAAUCUGAAACCAUACAACCGAUCCAAGAAGGAAGCAAUGAGGAUGAGAAAGAAGAAGAGAUUGAAUCUGACUCACAAUCUGUUUCCGGAGAGAAAGAAAGAGAAGGUGUAAGAGUUAUGGAUAUAAUCAGGAAACUAAGCAGCGACACGGAAACAGCAACGGGUAAUAACGACAACGGAAGCAGCAGUUACGAAAAUGGUAAAGAAGUUCAGACAACAACAUCAACAACAACAGAAACAAGAAGUUUUCCUCAGGUUUCUUGUUCCCCAAGAAUAAGAGGGAGACAAGCCUUUGCUGAUUUGUUAGUUCAGAUGAUGCGUGAUCGAGAGAAAGAGCUGGUUUGUUUAUUAGAUCGUCAUUGUGUUUCGAAGUUCACCCACCGGGGAAGGAUUCAGUCGACGCUUAGGAUACGAUGUUACGAAAGGUGCAUUGCAAUUCAAGAUAAGUAUCGGUCUAAGUCAUGGGCAGCAGGAUCCGAUUUAAACAGGGCAGGAGGAUCUGAUUUAAACCGGUCACCACGAGGGUCUGGUGUGAUGCAUCUUCUCAAGGAGAAAAAUAAGACAAACUCUGGGAACAUUGAGACUGGAGCUGUCUCUUCUCGGGGAAGGGUGAUGGAUAAAGAUGCUCAGAAGCCUUUGGAGAAGAAAGUUGUGGAGGAAACAAUGGAGAAGACUGAUGUGAAGGAUGUUCGAGAAGUGCUUUCUGCCGCGAAGAAAGCUGUCUUGAGUGAACUUGUAGAGAACAAGAACGGUUUAAAGAAACCUACAGGAGAAACUAGCAAGAAGGAAAAUGCACAAGGGAGAGGCGAAAAGCGAGAAACACUGGCUCAAGAAAUGGUUUCUGCGGUGGAAACCACGAAAAAAGCUGUCUUGAAUGAACUUAUAGAAAACAAGAAUGGUCUAAAGAAAUCCACAGGAGAAACUAUUAAGAAGGAAAUUGCAGAAACAAUGGAAAAAGCUGAUGCUAAAGAAGGUCUUGAAGGGAGAGGGGAGAAGGGGGAGUUGUUGAAGGAAACAGCCAAGAAAAAUGUUUUGAGUGAAAGUGCACAGGGUAAGAGUGGUUUAAAGAAACCUAUAGGGGAAACCCUUCAGAAAGAAACUACACAAGGCAGAGGAGAAACAAAGGAAAAAGCUAUUGCUAAGGAAAAUGUUUUGGUUGGAAUAGCUGAGAAGGUGAACCGAUGGAACUCAGAGGAGAAAAUGAAUUGGAGUAGAUGGACAGAGAAAGGCAAAGCAAAUACUGAGAGAGUUGAUAAAAAUGAAGAAGCUACAAGAAGAACCAAUAAUAAUAAUGUCCAAAGUGGGGAAAGAAGCAAUACUACUUGUGAGUUUCCUGAGAAAGAAGUAAGAAGAAAGGAAAAGGAAGACUGUGUUUCUGUAGAAACUAAGUCCAUAGGGAUUAGGGGGGAUCCUCAAAAAAGUAUUGCACAAGAAGAUGAAAAGGUUGUCCAGGAGACAACAAGCAGAAACAAUAAAAAUGGUUUAAAGAAACCUACUGAGAAGGAAAGCAAAGAAGGGAGAGAAAUGGAGGAAGGAAACACAUUCAUGGGGAUAGCUGAGAAGGUGAAAAUGUGGAACUCCAAGUAUAAAAAGAGCAGGAGAAGAUAUUCUAUGGACAGAGGUAGAGGUAAAACAGGCAAACCUAAUACCGAGAGAAAUGAAGUGUUGCAAGAAGCUUCAUGGAGAAUCAUUAAUGUCAAAACUGGGGAGAGAAGUAUUACUACUUCAAAGGAAACAGUACUGGAGAAAGUUGUUGGUACACAAGAAAUGAAGGACAAAAGAGAGAGUAGUAGGGAAAUAAUGUGUGAACCUGAAGAGAAAGGAAGAAGAAUAAUGAAAGAGGAAGUGAUUUGUUCUGGAGAAGCCAAGUCCAAAGAUAUCAUUGAGGUGAAAGUCAUGAGUUCUCAAGAAGUUAUUGUACCAGCACAAGAAUCUGCAUGUCAUGGCUCUCCAGAGAGAGGUAAAGAGAUAACUCCUCCACUACAAGGUGAAGAAAUCUUUAUUCUGCAAAAUAUAGAAGCUAAUUCUACUAAAGACACUGAUGGGAACAAUUUUCAAGAAAAUAUAAUUGAAGAAGUCUCUAGAGAGAAGGCUAAAGAGAAGAAUGCUUCACAACAGGAUGAAGAGGUGAAAGAAGUAGCAAUAGAGUUUGCAAAUGAUUGGGAUGAAAAAGAAGUUGAAGAAGAAGAAGAAGAAGAAGAUGAUGAUGAUGAUGAUGAUGAUGAUGACUAUGAAGAUUAUGGAGAUUUUGAUGAUUACAUUGGAGAAAUCUCAACUGAUUGGAUCUACGAUGUAUCGAGGCCUCGAAGUUACUGGGAAGAGUUAAGGAAAGAAAGGUAUCUUGAGGUUCUCAACACUGAAUCAGAUAAAAAGGACAUAUGUAACCUUAUUCAGAGCCGAACAGUUUCAAACUUCUUGACGAGUGACUUGCGACAAAAAAUCGAUAAUUUGAUGACCAGUCUCGUGCAAAAUCACUUAAGCGUACCAAUCAAUCAAGAAGAAGGUGAAGAUGAAAAAGAAGAAGAAGAAGAAGAAGCAGCAGAGUGGGUUGAAGAGUGUUCAGCAAGGAACCAAGAAGAUAACGAAACAGAGGAAAAACCAGAGAAGACAAAUCUUGAAGCUGCAAGCGACACAAUUCUUGAAGCUGAUCUUGACGCUUGCAGCCAAUCAUCAGAAAGGAGUAGUACGUUGAUGAUCUCGUGGAGUUUCAGGGAUCAAGAUAUUGACAAGGAUCACGAACCGACAACGUCUUUAUCUCUGCCUGAGCCUUCAUCUGCCACAAGUCAAACUACGCAGGAAAUGCAGAUGAUAAGUGAUCUCAGGGAACAAAUGGAGCAGCUUCAACGAGAAAUGCUAGAACUGCGAAACACCGUUAAAUCUUGCACCGAUAUGCAACUUCAUUUCCAGAAAUCUGCGACUCAAGAUUCUUGUCGCUCUGGCUCCUCCGCAGAACAACGAGUAGAAAGUAAGAAUCCGUUAAGACGCAAGUGCUGCGUUUGCUCUGAGAUGCCUGUUGACUCGCUUCUGUAUAGGUGUGGACAUAUGUGCGCGUGUCUGAAAUGUGCUCAUGAAUUGCAAUGGAGCAGUAAGAAGUGUCCGAUUUGUAUGGCCCCAAUCGUCGACGUUGUGAGAGCUUUUCUUGAUGCUUAGGAUUAGUAAAAAAAAAAAAGAUCAAUAUUAAUUUCUCUACUGGUUUUGAAUCUGAUUAUACCUGAUAACAUUUGUUUGCCUUGUUGUUCUGCCAUGUUGAGAUCAUUACAAUAAACAGUUCCG